GAUGUAACAGACACAACCACCCAUCUGUUUUAACAAUAUACUAUUCUUUUUCCUUGACAAAAAAGAAAAUAUUUUUCAAAGUAUAAUAGGUUGAUAUCAUAUUAUCAUGCACUUACUAUAAAAAUAUAUAAGUCUCUACAUACCUUUUUUAAGAAUACAAGAAUCUAAUUCUGAUUUUUCUGUGUGACAAAACUCAUUCAACACAAUCCACUUGUUUCUGAUCAUUAACAUAAUAGCAACAGGCUAUAAUCGUCUUGUAUUAUAAAUCAUCGUUUUCUUUUAAGGGUGUGGAGCUUUGAGAAGCAGGUGGUACUACCAUGGAGAUUAACAAUUGCAAUGUGUUUGAGCUAAGAGUGAAUAGAGAGGAGCCAACUCUGGUUGUCCCUGCUGAGGAAACAGAAAAGGGUCUUUACUUCUUGUCCAAUCUUGAUCAGAACAUCGCGGUGAUUGUUCGAACUGUCUAUUGUUUUGAGCCAAAUGCUGACAAGGGAAAUGAUAAGGUGGCAGGGGAAGUUAUAAGGAGUGCCUUGGAGAGAGUUUUGGUUCAUUAUUACCCUCUUGCAGGGAGAUUAGAAAUCAGCUCAGAAGGAAAACUUAUCAUAAAUUGUAAUGGUGAAGGAGCUGUUUUUGUUGAGGCUGAAGCAGAUUGUAUGAUGAAGGAGAUUGGAGAUGUUACAAAGCCUGAUCCUGACACUCUUGGGAAGCUGGUUUAUGAUAUUCCUGGUGCAAAGAACAUACUAGAAAUGCCUCCUUUGGUUGCUCAGGUGACAAAAUUCAAGUGUGGAGGCUUUGCUUUAGGCCUUUGUUUAAACCAUUGUAUGGUUGAUGGAAUUGGUGCAAUGGAAUUUGUGAACUCAUGGGGUGAAACUGCUAGAGGGGUUCCCUUAACUGUCCCUCCAUCUCUAGACAGGACUAUUCUCAAAUCAAGAACCCCACCUAAGAUUGAAAAUCUUCAUAGAGAAUUCUCCGAAAUCAAGGACAUUUCUAGCAGCAUUGACCUUUAUGAAGAAGAGAAAAUGCUCUACAGGUCAUUUUGUUUCGAUCCUGAAAUGCUCGAAAAGCUAAAGAACAAAGCUAAGGAGAAUGGAGCUCUUGAAAAAUGUACUACAUUUGAAGCACUCUCAGCAUUUGUGUGGAAAGCUCGAACCAAGGCCCUUAGACUUUCUCCAGAACAAGAGACAAAACUUCUGUUUGCUGUUGAUGGAAGGCCAAAGUUUUGUCCACAACUUCCAAAAGGGUACUUUGGAAAUGGAAUUGUGCUAACAAAUUCCUUAUGUCAAGCCGGUGAGCUCUUGGAAAAGCCAUUGUCUUUCGCGGUUGGACUAGUUCAGGAUGCCAUUAAGAUGGUAACUGAUGGUUACAUGAGAUCAGCUAUAGAUUAUUUUGAAGUAACAAGAGCAAGGCCUUCAUUGGCAUCAACACUCUUGAUCACAACUUGGUCUAGGCUCUCAUUUCACUCCACAGAUUUCGGUUGGGGAGAGCCUGUUUUAUCAGGUCCAGUGGCUCUACCAGAGAAAGAAGUGAUCUUAUUCCUUUCACAUGGGAAAGAGAGGAAAAGCAUAAAUGUUCUUUUAGGCCUACCAGCUCCAGCCAUGAACACAUUCCAAGAACUCAUGCUGUUCUAGAAAAACAAUAUAAAUAUAAUCCUCACUGCUUUUACUUCUGAAUUACUAUAUAUUUAUAUUCUGGGACUGUUGUUGUUGUUGUUUUAGGAUAAUAAAAGAUAAAAGGUUUGCAGAACUCAGUGUGCUUAAAUUAAGAAAAUUGAUCAAAAUAGUGUGUUUGGAUUUUAA